AUGGGUAAAGCUACACGGUGGUUCAAGGGCCUGCUCGGAAUGAAAAAAGGUAAAGAGAAUGUCGACCGCAAUUCGGAUUACGGCGAGAAGAAGGAGAGGAACAGGUGGUGUUUUGUUAAGCCCGCUAAACACUCCGGCGGGACGGCUCAGAUUCCGGCGAAUGUACCACCGUCGGCGGAUGAGCAGAACAAGCACGCGAUUGCGGUGGCUGCCGCCACAGCCGCCGCAGCGGACGCGGCAAUCGCCGCAGCCCAGGCGGCGGUGGCGGUGGUCAGGCUCACCAGUCAGGGCAAAGGGGUUUCGUUCUCCGUCGGCGGCGGCGGCGGCGGCUGGGAGAGAUCGGCCGCUGUGAGGAUUCAGACUAUGUUCAGGGGCUAUUUGGCCCGAAAAGCUCUAAGAGCUCUUAAAGGGCUUGUGAAAUUACAGGCUCUCGUCCGAGGCUACCUUGUUCGAAAACGAGCAGCCGCAACCCUUCACAGCAUGCAAGCUCUCAUUCGAGCACAAACGGCUAUUCGGGCCCAAAGGGCACGUCGAUCAAUCAACAACGACCCUAGACACCAGCCCGAUAUCAGAUCAAGAAAGUCCAUUGAAAGGUUCGAUGAGAACAGGCCCGAAUUUCACAGCAAAAGGCUGUCGCCAUCUUACGACCCAUUGGACCUCAGCCCGAAAAUAGUCGAGAUCGACACUUACGGGCCCAAGUCAAGAUCCCGAAGGAUCAUCAACCCUUGCACGCCCGAAUUCGAGGAAGACCAAUACUACUCGUCCCCCAUCCCGUGCCCGGCUCGGUUAUCGAUACCCGACUAUCGUCACCUACGGGACUACGAAUGGGACUUUACGGCCGAGGACUAUAAAUUUCCCACGGCCCAAAACACCCCAAGAUUGGGAUGUUCGGGCCGGGCCUACGGCCCGAUUUUCACACCGACCAAGAGUGUGUGUGGGGACAUGAGCUACUUGAGGCCUUACUCGAAUUGGCCCGGCUACAUGGCGAAUACGGAGUCGUUUAAUGCGAAGGUGAGGUCGCAUAGCGCCCCAAGGCAAAGGCCCGACUCGGGCUCGAAGAGGAGGCUCUCGUUGAACGAGGUUAUGGCGUCGAGAAGUAGCUUUAGUGGUGUGAGGAUGCAAAGGUUGUCUUGCUCAAGAGCUCAAGAUCAAGAUUAUGGAUUUUCUAAGUAUGAAGGUUAA